AUGUGUGCUGUCAAGGCUUUCUUUAUUCACGUGGUCAAUAGAGACAUGGGAGAAAUUGUCAACAACCUUGGAGGCUUCUACAGCGAGCUCAGCACUGACAGGCAACUGUGCUGGGCACGACUCAUUGGGGAUGCUGUUGUGAAAAGGAUUGGACCAGAGAGGGGUGCUGUGCACUUGGCCAUAGCUGCUGUCCUGACUGCUCUGUGGGCCAAGUGAGAGGGAAAGGAUGCAAAACAAUUGCUAUUCAACAUGGAUUUCAGAUAUACUACUGAUGUGCUAAGAGAUGAAGCAGCUCAUGAAACACUCCAAAAUGGCCUGCUUGGGAAAAAGGAAAGGGAACAGCAAAUGUUGAAGCAUGGAUACCUGGCUUAUACAAGAUCCUGUGCCUGCCUGGGCUACUCAGACCAGCAGUUUAAAGUAAAGGGGGGUGCAGAUCUGCAGGAUGACAUUUGCAGAUGCAGAUUUAUACAAGAAAUGAUUGGCCCAGACAAAACCCACAUGCUAGAUGCAAACCAACAAUGGGAAAUAAAAGAAGCAAUAGAUAGGGCUGAGUUUAAACCCUCAUGGAUGAAGGAGCCAACUUUUCCAGAUGAGGAUAUGCAUGUCCAGAUGGGACAUGCAACUGUUUCAAAGGCACGUCCACAGCUGUACCGCAGCUGGAAGCAGGUCCGCCUGCAACGCAGCCCAGGCAGAAACUCCGGCCCAUGGGCAGAGAGUGUGGGCCCCAGGUCUUUUUAUUUUUUUCCCUUAUACUGCCACAACAGAGCGAUAUUUAAACAGCUUCUACAAGCUAAGGCCUUGAGUCACCUCCAAAUUGACAGCUGCAGGCUGGGAAGUGUGAAUGAAAACCCGUCUGCACUGCUCAUGGCCAAAAAAGUUCCAGAGUAA